UUAUGCCUUCUCGCGCCUCUUUCAUCUUCCUUUUCCUUUUCUCCUUUCUCGCUAAUUUCAAAGUUUCUGCUCAAAAUCCUAAUUACCAAUCCCAUCUCUGUACCAAGACGACAACUUUCUCCAGGAACAGCACUUUCUUUAACAACCUCGAAUACCUUUUUUCCGUUCUCUCUUCCCCUAGCAUCUCCUACUCCACCGGAUCCCAGAACGUCACCGUGGGGGAGCCUCCUGACAGUGUCACCGGACUUUUUUAUUGCAGUACAGUUGUCUCGCCAGAAGUUUGCCGUAGCUGCGUCGCCUUUGCCGUCAAGGACACCUUAAUUCGAUGUCCGAUUGAGAGAGAGGUGACGCUCAAGUACUAUGAGUGUACGCUCAGAUACUCUACCUUCAGGAUUUCUUAUGGAAAUCCUAAUUACCUAUAUCAUAAUUGUCCAAAUACGACAACUUACUCAAAGAACAGCACUUACUUAACCAAUCUCAGAACCCUUUUGUUCUCUCUUUCGUCCCAUAACGCUUCUUAUUCCACCGGUUUCCAGAGCGCCACAGCUGGGCAAGCUCCAAACAGGGUCACCGGACUUUUCCUUUGCCGCGGAGACCUCUCGCCGGAAGAUUGCCGUAACUGCGUAGCUUUUGCCGUCCGGGAAAGCUCAAAUCAGUGUCCGAAUAAGAGAGAGGUCAUGGUCUAUUACGAUGAGUGUAUGCUCAGAUACUCUCACAAGAAUAUUCUAUCGACCCUUUCGUACGACGGAUAUUUACUCCUACAGAACCAGAAUAAUAUUUCUUCUAAUCAUAAAGACAAGUUUCUAGGUUUGGUAUCCUCCACGAUGAACCAAGCUGCCAUCGAAACAGCCAGUAGUGCAAGAAAAUUCUAUACGUCAAAGACCGAAUUGAACAAAGUCACGACUAUUUACGGGCUGCUUCAGUGCACUCCUGAUCUUACAAGACAGGACUGCAAGAGAUGUUUGCUACGUUCGAUCGGUGGAAUGUCUCUUUACCAACUUGGAGGAAGACUUGUUUAUCCGAGUUGUAUUGCAAGGUACGAGCUUUACCAGUUCUACCAAGAAAUCAGCAUUAAAACACCGCCAAGAUCAGCCCUUCCACCGGUUUCAACUCCUUUUCCACCACCACCACCGAUCUUUCUUUCUCCUCCAUCACCGCCGAUUUCAAUACUCUCACCACGACCUGGAGAACGUGGGAACUCUUCUGUCAUAGUUAUCACUGUUGUUGUUCCAAUCACCGUCCUUUUUCUUCUUUUCAUAGCUAUUUAUAAUUUUCGGACUAAGAGAAAGAGGAUGACUCAUGAGACAGAACCACUAGCUGGAGAUGGAGAUGAUAUUAAGACUGCAGGCUCACUUCAAUUAGAUUUUAGGGCAAUUGAGGCAGCAACAGAUAAUUUUUCGGAAAGUAACAAACUCGGUCAAGGUGGAUUCGGCCAAGUCUACAAGGGUACAUUUCCAAGUGGAGUACAAGUUGCGGUGAAAAGGCUAUCUAAAACAUCAGGACAAGGUGAAAGAGAGUUCGAAAACGAAGUUAUUGUUGUUGCAAAGCUUCAACAUCGCAAUUUGGUCAAGCUUCUUGGGUUUUGUUUGGAAGGAGAGGAAAAGAUACUUGUAUAUGAGUUUGUGGCCAACAAAAGCCUUGAUUACUUUCUCUUUGAUUCAACGAUGCAGAGCCAGCUUGAUUGGGCAAGACGGUACAAGAUCAUUGGAGGAAUUGCAAGAGGAAUUCUUUAUCUUCACCAAGAUUCACGACUCACAAUUAUACACCGUGACCUCAAAGCGGCCAAUAUCCUCUUGGAUGCUGAUAUGAACCCGAAAGUAGCAGAUUUUGGAAUGGCGAGAAUUUUUGGGAUGGACCAAACGGAAGCCAAUACAAGAAGAGUAGUUGGAACUUAUGGUUACAUGUCUCCCGAGUAUGCAAUGUACGGCCACUUCUCCAUGAAAUCAGAUGUGUAUAGUUUUGGGGUCUUAGUUCUUGAGAUUAUAAGCGGCAUGAAGAACAGUAGUCUCUACCAAAUGGAUGGUAAUGUUGGUAACUUGGUUACAUAUACUUGGAGAUUAUGGAGCAACGGGUCGCCAUUAGAGCUUGUGGAUCCAUCUUUCGCAGAUUACUACCAAACAAAUGUAAUUACUAGGUGCAUCCACAUCGCUUUACUCUGUGUUCAAGAAAAUGUUGAAGAUCGUCCAACUAUGUCAGCAAUUCUCCAAAUGCUCACUACUAGCUCGAUUUCUCUUGAUGUGCCUAAACAACCUGGGUUUUACUUUCGGGGUAGGCAUGAACAAGUACGAGAAGUUGGUACAUCUAUCAAUAGGUUUGCGAUAUGUUCAAUCGAUGGUGCUUCCAUUACUAGCGUUGCUCCUCGUUGAAUACAAUUCACUAAAAGUUGUAAUAUAUGAUUCUAAACUAUUAAGCCUGGACU